GUUUUUCUUGCGGUUCGCAGCACAAAAAGAAAUUUGACAAUUCCAAGAAAUUUUUCGCGAGGAGAAAAUGUGAAAAAUCGCGUUUUUUACCCAGAGAAAAGCGCUGGAAAGUUGUAAAAUAUUCGGGGGCAAAUGGUGUGCGGACGGAAAGAUGACACCGGAAGUUCGUAUGCAUCCCUUGGAUGAGAUCUGUUUGAUGUGCUGCAAGCUGAUUGAUGGUCCCGGAUCGACACCAAUCUUUGAGUCUCCGGAUUUAAUCAACUUGUUCACGGGAGUCAUUGGAAUCCAGCUGAAAAGGGAAGAAUACCUUCCGGAGAACAUCUGUCUCACGUGCUCCUUCACUCUGUAUCGCAUGCUGGAGAUCCAGAGGAUGACCAAGAGGAAUAUCAUGCACCACAAAAUGAACCAUCAGUACCGGAAUGUCGGGGAGAAGUCUAAGCUCCUCCUCGGUGCCACCACAUUCACUCCUGAACCAACGGCCAUCCGGAAUUCCAAUCCAAAUGGUCUCAUUAUAUCCGAGGUACGAGGGCACGUGCAAGUGGCUGAUGAUCACUUCCUGUACUCCUCGUACGAGGAGGAUUUCACUCCGGAUGGCUACUUGGGGGUUAGAAGCCCAAAGAGAGACCCAGCAGCGAGUCCGUCGUCCAACAACAGCCGCAAUUCAACGCGUCUUCUGCGCCCCAUUUACAUGCAGGUGGAGAAUGUGCGUGACACCGAAUCCGAUGGGGCCAUCUACGGCAAUACGACCUCCUUCCAGUGUGAUAUGUGCUCCAAAAUCUUCGCCAGGAGGAAUCAUAUGACGCGCCACAUGAAUAGCCAUCGUGCACGCAGCCGGGCAGGAUCCCGAGCUUCAGAGGAGCGCAAGAAACGCGUCUACAGAUGCAAAAUCUGCCUGGAAGAAUUCUCGGAAAGAAGGAUGGCCAUCAAGCACAAAAUGUCGCACCAAAAGUCCCUUUCCUGCCCCUCGUGCUCACGCGUCUUUCAUCUCAGACGCGAACUCGAUUGGCACGAAGCCGAAUGCGUUGGGCGCGUCAAUGCUGGGGCGACAAAUCGUGGAAGACGCUCGAGGCGUCUUCGUCCGGAUCGCAGUGUGGAUGAGGAUUUUGACGAAGUGAGUCGGGAUUCCCUGAGAUUACUCACAAAGACCCCCACGCUGAGUGAGAGACUCCAGAGUGUGCAAAAGUGGUGCAAUAGCUCCACACCAGCAGAUGCAUCAAAUGCAGAUUUUGAUGGGAAUUCCCAUCAUGAGGAUGAUGACGCUCGAUCAACAAUUUCGCGAUUUACGUCGGUAUCGCAGAAAACCGCCCUGACGUGCAUUUCAUCCCGGAGCGGCUGGUCCGCUUCCAAUAUCUCCAUCCGGACGGAUUACAGCUACAAAUCCGCUAAGACAGUGAGGACGCUCAAGGAGGAGCGGGAUUACCUGCAAUCAUGUAGGGUAACCCGCUCUAUUGCGAGCCGGAUGAAAAAAAUUGACCUCGAGAUUAAAAUUCGGGAACUUCCACAUCGAAGUUAUGGCCCAUCGAGAUCUGCGGCAACAUCCCGGAGACAUUUUGAUAUCACACGGAGAUGUAAACCAGCACGAAAAAAUCGCAGAAUGACCCUUCCGGAUGCUUUUAUCUGUGACUGUGGCUUCUCAUCGAAGAAUCUCAAGGAUUUCAUGGAGCACGAGGUGAAUGUCCACAAGAAACUUCCACUCUUCACAUGUCGUGAAUGCAAUGAGAGAUUCACGCAAAGGCGCUUCCUGGAGAAGCAUCAGGAGAGUCACAAUAAAACGUAUACGUGCGUGUGGUGCUUUGCAAAAUUUCUCAAUGAAUCCGAUCUGAAGACUCACCUGGAAUUGCAUGCAUUGAGCUCAACGCCGUGUGGCUUCUGUGAGGCGGCAUUUGUGAGUCAGCACGAGCUGCGGGAGCAUCUGGAGGAUAUGCAUGCAGCAGAGAAUGAGAGAAUGCCCCAAAAGUCGAAAAUUCUAAUAAGGAUAGGGGAGAAGAGGCGUCAUGAGGUGCAGCAGGAGAAGAGCUACAGAUCGCGGGAUUUACCGCAAAAAGCUCAACCGGAGGAUCAUCGAAAGCGUGCCAGGACGUAUACGCGGUAUCGAGCAAUUCGUCUUGGUACGGUGGGGCGUGAAAAGAGCUCCGAGGAGGAAGGUGGAUCAUCUCAGGUGGAGAAUGGUGUUUCAGAGGCAACACGUGAGCACAUUUUGCUACCCGUUGCAAUGGAUUUUUGUCGCUACAGCACUCCAUCGCCACAGAUUAGUGACACGCACGAACGUUUGUGCGCAAAGGCAACGUCAACACCACCACCAAGUCUCGAAGAACUCGGUGUGUUCGACACAAACUUCCCACUGACAAAUGGAAUCACCUCUGAUCAUGCAGGCUCUCCGGAGAAGAGUCCGUAUCGCCUGGAGGAAGAUGAGGAGGAUCAUUCACCCAUUGCUAGUCCCACAGGACGACGGAAACGUUCCAAAUCACGCAUUACACUGAGUCAGCGUGUUACGCGGCAGACUGUGGCACAACCUCUGCCACACACCAUCGGUCUGGACAAUGUUCUACCGCCAUACGAGUCUUGGCCUCUCGAUGGAACAGCCAUUGCAGUGAAGCCCGGUGUCCUACCGCAGCCGUGUCGGAUGACUUAGAAUUUAGCAGGAAUGUACCAUGUAAGUCAAUUUCUCGCAAUCAUAACAUAAAACCCAAUGCUUUCAUUCCUGACUCACAGAAUUUGUAGGUCAGGUAGUUGUACAUUUUAUUUAGUUUUAUUGCAAAAGAAAGGGUUUAUCCCAAAAGGGUCUUAAAGGGUUAUUAAUGUGAAGUUUCCAGGAAAAAAAUAUUUAUCUGGAGGGUUAAACAGAACAUUUUUAAAGCCAUUUAAUCAAGGGGUGUUUAUCUGGACGAAAUUAUUCGGAUCCUUGGAAAUAUUCGAGUUAUUCGUUAAUAUUCGGAUAAUUUGCCAAGGAAAUCAAAAUAUUGAUUUUUAGCCUCUAAAGGGCUCAGAUUGAGAAGUAGAGGCUUAAAAAAAACUUAUUUCAAACCUUAUAAGUACUAAAUUCAAACCAAAUACAUAGUAAUUUCACCCCUAACCAUGCUAAAUUCAAACCUAAAAGAGAUUAAAUUGAAGCAUAAAAAUAUUUUUUUUAGUCCUAAUAAGACAGAUUGAGGAACAAAAGCUUAGAAAAUAUUUAGUUCAGGCCUAGAAAAAAACAAAAAGUAGUAAAUUCAACCCAAAAAUUGCUUAAUUCAUGCUGUUUUGGGGGUGGCGUUGGCUUCCCCCAAAGCUAAUUAAUAAUUGGGAGAAGGCCGGUAAAGCACAACGUAAUGUAUGCUUCACUCCAGGCUCCUCUCCGAGCAACUACUUUAGAAGCCCAGUAAUUUGAAUUGAGCAGCUUGGCGGCAAGAUUGGGCGGCUGCUCCUUGUGUUUAGAUAGUUGGGUGUCGCUAUUUUUAGCAACGUUGUAGCCACCUUAGCUAAGAGCUAGUAGCCAAAAGAGUGUUGAGGAGCUGUGCAAGAAGUAUAGCACCGCAAAGUUCAAGACGGGGUAUGGUAAGUUUGCCUUUAAUUGGAGCGACCUUCGUCUUGCUAUUGAUUAACGUGAUUGUAACAUUAUCUCCAUUGAUAACUUUCAAGUAAACGCAUGCAGCGUAAGCCUUCUCUGAAGCGUCUGAAAAGCCAUGGAUCUCUACAAGUGAAUGUGGGGAGUAUCCAGUCCACCUCGGGAUUGUUAGCUUUUCGAUGUGUUUGAUGUCUUCCCUGAACUUUCUCCAUUCAAGUAGGACAGUAUCUGAUGGUGAUUGAUCUCUUCUUAUCAUAAGUUUUUUGGGCUUGGCCAAAGAUAUCCUCCUUAAUGUAAAAGUUCUCCGAACUCCCAGUUUGUAAAAUUUAUGCAUGAUUAUCAAGGAAUAAUUGCCAUUGAUCUUCUAAUUGAUUAAGCUUUUCGUCAUAAUAUGAUAUCCCUUUUUGGAGUCGCCUGCCGGAGCCUUCCUUCUGGAAGUUCUCCCCUAGCUUUGUAAUUGAUUUAACAAGGUUAAUCUGCUCUUUUAUAAUGGCCGUUACGUCCAUCUUGUUUUAUUGAUUUUAAUAAUCUUUUUAAUUGAACGCGAAUACCUGCUCUAUGUUUGCGUGGUCACUACUUGGGAAUUAACACCUGUUCAGAUUUAUCCUGGGAAAAGUCACUUGGGGACCUUAUAGUGCUUGGGCAGCUUUCCUUGGGAUUUAGCCUGGUCUUGAGCAGAAUCUUUCUGGGAAGAUUUUACUUGGGACCAAUAGACUUUUCUCUUGGGAGAACUACUUGGAAAAUAUUUAUUUCCUGGGAAGUUCACUUGGGAGCUAAGUCUUUUUCUUCCUAAGACUCUUUUCUGGUGUUGGGAAGUGGCUUAGAGACUUAUUCAAAACUACUUACUGUUGCGCAAGCUGGAGAACAAGUGAUUUUAUUUGCCUUAAGAGUUCCCUUUUAUACAAUUUCUUAGCCUAGGAAAUGCACUUUGCAUUUGGUGGGGACAUAAUGCAAGAUCAUCAUUUUAGCUUAAACUAUGGGGCAAUCCUUCCGUGGGGAAGAGAGAAGGAAUUUGUCGCGUCAAAUAGAGUCAAGUGUAUAUAAAAAAUUGCUGAUCCCAGAGAAAAAUCCUAGGCGAGAAUGCAAGGGAGAUUGCAAGGGAAUUUUAUGUAAGAGCGAUCUUUAUGUGCGCGAGGGAUUAUAUGCGAGAGUGGUGUUUUUAUGUACCUACGAGAUACAAUGUGCGCGGGAGUUUAAGAAUGGUGUUUUUGCGCGGGAAAAAAAUAGGUCAAUGAUGAUUUUGCAUGAAUGCUUAAAACUAACAGAGCCAGGAUGGUCCCUGCCACCAUAACAUAAUUGGGAGGGGUAUAAAGCCCUUGAAGCAAGAUCUGCGGGGUUUUGUGUGGUUUCCACAUAAGACCAAAGUUUUAUAUCCGUCAGUCGAUGUAUUUUCUCGACCCUGUUUGCUACGUAGGUUUCCCAUGUUGUUGGGUCUUUGGCGAUCCAUGCCAGCGCGAUUUUAGAAUCUAGCCAGGCGAAUUUCUCUAUGUUAGUGAUUUUUAAAGCUCUGGUUGUUGCUUGCAGAAGCUCUGCUUGUAAAACCGCUCCACAUAGCUCUAGUCUUGGUAGAGUUAUUGUCUUUUUCAGAGGAACUACACGAGUUUUGGAGGCAAUCAGCGUGAUGAUUGUUUCUCCGUUUUGUUCUACUCUUGUAUACACUGCAGCUCCAAAGCCUCUUUCGGAUGCGUCUGCGAACCCGUGAAGCUGAAUCUUCGCGCCUGGUUCGCAUCCGAUGUGCCGCUUGAUUCUGAUAUGCGACGCGACCCUGCAGUCGGGUUGUCUGCAAGGAACUGCUGUAGGGUGGGUGUGACUGGUCUCCCGUUAGGGUGGAACUCUUGAGAGCCUGAAGGAGAUGAUGGCUGUUGAGCCUCGGUAGUGUGUACUUCUGAUUGAGACCUACCUUCGUUAGGUAAAAAUCCUUUGAAAGUAAUUUGUCAAAAAACGUUAAAGUCUUUAACGUGAAAAAUUUUGACCUACAACUUACUAGUGAAGAAAGAUCCUUCACAGUAUAGUUGUGUUCGGUCUGCUUUCCAAGCGUGCUCUGUUAGAGCCUUGGUAGCAUCUUUUGUCUAUCAGUAUCAAGAUGUCAAAGUUGACAUUUCUAGUAUGAUUUCCUCUUCCAUGUUUUGGAAGAUUCCUCUGGUUUCUCUAGAGUUUUCUUGAGUAGCGUUUAGAGGAGUAUUUUUUUUACUUAAAAAUAUAUAAGCUAAGCCCCUAUUAGCUGUGGACUGUAUGUUACUAUUUAUUCUUAAUUUCUUUUUAUAAUAAUAAUAAGUCGAUCAAAGCACAGCUCACCUAACUUCCGUACUGUGUACACUUGUGUAAUAAAAAACUUUUCAUUUGAAGCGAUAUCACCUUUUUUCUGUUGUAUAUCAUUUGUAUAUCAGCGCUCCCGGGAGUUUGGGUCCUGUGUGAAGUAAAGUAUUCAAAGAGAUUUGAAUACUUUACAGAUGCGUACAGAUUUUGGUUGUUAUGUUUAUAGCUCGGUUAUAUGCCUCAUCCAUCCGUUGUGGGACAGCAAGCACGAAAUAUUGAUCAUUUGGAUCCAAUUCAUCUUUCAGUAUUUCAUGAGCAGUUGUAAAUGAAUUGUAUACUUCAUUUAUGGUCUCUAGUUUUUCGUCAUAGUAAUCUCGACCUUUUUCGCGUCUUCGUGCGGCGCCGAGUUUGCUGAAGUUAUCGUGAGUUUUUACUAUGCGAUCUAACAGCUCUGCCUGUUGUUUAACUAGAUUCACAUAUUUCUCCGGUGCUGGCGGAUUAUCUGUACCACCUGUUACCAUUAGUAGUGGAUGAAAUUAUUGAAUUUUGUCAAGGUCCAAUUGUACUGAUUUUAACUCAUCACGCAUCUUCUUGUAUUUUGCCUAUCGAUUAGAUGUACUUUUCUUAUUGUUUUUCUUUGUUGGUUUAGCUGGCGUAGGUUUAACAGCUUGUGAAGAUAGCUCGUUGUUUCCCUCUUUAUUCACCAAAUCUAUUAUUUAUAUUUAUAUUUUAUUUUGCCUCACCUGGGCUCAAAACAUUAGGAAGCGGGUUCCAUGGAUUGAAAUUCCCGUUCCUUUCAUUUGCGGCAAUAGUUUGUUCAACUAGCCGUCUCGAAACGUAUGGUGACAGAUAACACUCAUACGCGUUGUGCGUAUCCUCAUCGCACACGCCAAAGGUGCCCGACGGAACAUCAUCAUCGGCACUGCGCUGCGGUGUUCCGCCAGCGGGUAGGUUAAAAUUGAUGGUCUUACCAUUUGCCAUCGUAGUCCUGGUUAUCGCGGACAGAUAGUCGACUACUGGAGUGGGGAUCGUCUUGUUUGCGACAUCGAGAAACUCGAAGGGCCGCUCGUCGCUCCGGAAUCUGCCAUCCGCAUUUUGAUUCAUAACGCGCUCUAUGACUACGCCAUUAAGUAGUUCCACGCAGUAAUGUUGGAAGGCACAAUAUGGUAGUGACCUUCUGAUGCGGACAUCGAUGUCCGUCAUCGUAUCGUAGUAGGUUCCUUAAGCUCGGUAUGGAACACAUUCAAACACAUUUCCUUAUAUAAGGAAGAUUUUGCGUUGCGAAUAUGCGAGUUGGAUUCGUGUAUAUUUAUCUGGUUUUGAAGGAGGGAAAAAAUUUCCAUAACGCGACUGUAAAAACUCUCAAUCGUAUUUGUUUAACGAAGUGCGUGAAGAUCUUUAAUCAGGGAGGUCUCAUUGCGCUUGUCACUGUAGUGACUGAUCAAAUUUUUUUUUUUUAUAGAAUCCCAUUUGAGGGUUAGCUUCGUCUACAAUUUUGUUUCGGAUAGCUCUUAGCCACAGCCGGUAUAACAAUUGUUUGUUUACAUUAUCGGGUGAUGUGGUCCCUGUUUCCUUAAGCCCUAUGUUGAUAGGGCUGUUAUUAUAAAUCAAGAUAAAAAACCCCAUUAGCUGUGGACUGUAUAUUAAAGUCGUUCUGAUGCCGAUUUAAAGGUUAUCUAAAUAGAUAGAGUUCGUACGUCUUUAAACUGAAGGCUAAAGAAAGGUUACACCAUUAGCUGUGGACUGUAAGUUAAUCGUUUAGUCGCCGCCGGUGAUAGAAAAGUUAUCUUCGGCGAACUCCUAUUUCAGUAUUAGGUAAAAAUCCUUUGAAAGUAAUUUGUCAAAAAACGUUAAAGUCUUUAACGUGAAAAAUUUUGACCAAAACUUACUAGUGAAGGAAGAUCCUUUACUGUAUAGUUGUGUUCGGUCUGCUUUCCAAGCGUGCUCUCUUAGAGCCUUGGUAGCAUCUUUUGUCUAUCAGUAUCAAGAUGUCAAAGUUGACAUUUCUAGUAUGAUUUCCUCUUCCAUGUUUUGGAAGAUUCCUCUGGCUUCUCUUGAGUUUUCUUGAGUAGCCGUUUAGAGGGGUAUUUUUUUUUACUUAAAAAUAUAUAAGCUAAGCCCCUAUUAGCUGUGGACUGUAUGUUAUUAACUUGUCUUAUUUUAAGACACUAUUGUAUAUCAUUUGGGGAAAAUUCUUUUAAAUGUUUCUCUCCUGUUCCUGAUGUCUCACAAAGACUAAAAGUUAUCAUAAUGAAUUAAGACAAUGCAAUAUCCUUCGCUGAUUUUAGUCCUUCCAUUCGUCCUUACGCUGAAUAUAUCACCAAUUUACUCGCUUUCAUUUUAAUAAAGAUACGGCUUCUUCUACAAAAAUGUUCUGCUUAACUCCUAAGAUAAACUGAAAAUAAAAACACGAAUUUGCAUUAAGAAAAAGAAUUUAUGUUUUUUUUAUUUAUUUUAUUGUAUUAAAGAAAUGUUGUUUAAACAAAUAUUAUCAUGAAUAGUGCAUUUCUCUGGAAUUAAAGCUCAAGAAUGAGGUUUUUCUGUGAAAUUAUUAAGAGCAAUAAUCUUGAUGUUUUAAAUCUUAAAAAAAAACAAAUUCUUAAGAUAUAAAAUGAAUUAACUUCUCCUUUUCUCAAUGUGAAAAAAAUUAAAAGAAAAUUAUCUCUUUUUAGAGAAUUCUAGUCACGAAAAUGAAUCUUAUUUUGUAUACUCUGUUAGUUGAAGUUUUUAAUAAAAAUGAAAAGAAAUCCUUUGCGAAGAAAUUGUUUUGCAUUGAUGAAUAAAAAUUAAAUAAAAUGAACUGAUUUUUGGGGCCACCGCCAAUUACGAAAAGCUAACAUAGAAAAAAAAAUUAUAAAAUACAGAAAUCUGCCAAAAAUGCAACAUUGAACACAAAAAGAAAAACAAAUUAUUUAAGAUUUAGAAUGAAUUUAAGGGUAGGUAUAGUACAUAGAUUUUCCUGCCAAUCAUCGCAAUUUCUGAGGACAUUCUCAAGAGCUCCCAAAAAAACCAAAAUAGAUAAAACUGUAAUUUACGUAAAAUUAAAAUUAGGCAAUAACAGAGUAUGCAAUCUCCCUAAAAGGAAUCAUGAAAAAAUGUACAUAUAGUUUUAAGAAUUCAAACUAACAAUGAUUGAGGAUUUAGAAGAAAAAACAAUUGAUUAGGUCUUAUCGAUUUUGUGCCUUUUUGUCCCUACCCUCCCGCCCAUUUUGUAGAGACUACAUUCAAUCUCAUCUUGCACCGAAACCACACUGUAAAUGAAAUGUAAAUGAAUAAGAAGAAGAAUUAAUAUUUCAAAGAAAAUGUUUCUGAUUGGCUAAUGAAUUCGGUCAAAGCGUUUUCAUUGGCUAACGUUCGCUUACGGGGUGGUGUCUCGGUGCAAGGUUAAUUUAAAUUAAGUAUAGUGGGAAAGAUAAUCGUCCUCCAUUGAAAAAAAAAAGAAAUUGGCAAUUUGGUUCCCCACCUUAGUCGCCUCAAAAUCGCUAUUUGUUAGUUAAAUGAAAAAAAGAAAAUUAAAGCUUUAUCGGACCUUUUCUUUCCUCCUGUGAUGACUUUUCUGCGUAUUAGUUUGUAAGGAAGUAAAAGAAAAGAAUAAAAAAUGCAAUUAAAUGAACAAUUGGAAAAAAAUGCUAACUUUGUAAAUUAGAAUGUUUUAAGAAGAAGGAAAAACGUACAAUUUGAGAACCUCUCACAUUUUUUAGUCAAUUUGCCAAUCCUUUUCGUAAUAAUUGUCCUUUUUUUGUUCUAAUCCUGUGUUUAGUCACUCAGAAAUAAAAUAGAGAAAUUAUAAAAUGUAUAAAGAGAAACAGUAAGAAAUGUAUUUAAAAAAAAUAAUUUAAGCUUAAGAUACUCCAAUAAAAUAAAAAUUGUAUUUUUGUGUAAUAAAAUAAGUUUGAAAAAUAUUCUCAAGAACA